AUGGGUCACCGGAAGGACUCCGACGUCGAGACGCCUUACAAGGCCUUGCGCUGUGGCGACGACGUCGUGGCAGCCUCCUCCGCAAACAAGACGACGACGGUGGCCGACGUCGCUCGUCGCCACCGGGACGUCCUGGGCUACUACGGGGCACGUAAGGACGCCGUCUGGAUCGUGGGCCAGUGCGAGUGGAACAUGCGCGAAAAGUCAAGCGUGGACGUCGUCAAGCUCGCGAAGGCCCUGGAUGCUGACGCGGCAAGCGAAGGACGACUUCAGAACGUAAGCGUCGAUUUCAUCACCGACUGCGGACGCUCGACGUGCGGGUCACGGCGGGAGUGCGUGAGAAAGAUGGCCGCCCACUACCACUUCGUCGUGGUCGCUACGGACAGCGACUGCUUUCACAGCCCGUACGAACUGAUCCACGACGCCUUCGAGUUCGACAUCGUUCCGGUCAUCCUGGCGCCGCGCGGCGAGACGCUCGACUAUCCGUGGCUCUCCGUUGUGCACUCGGUCGACUUCGGCUCUCUGGGAAACAUGGUCGCCCACCUGCGCGUCUUGUUGUCCAGUCCGGAGGCCUACGAGAAAUACUUUUCCUGGAAGGAAAGAUGCGUCGAGGUCGCCGCCGCCGACCUCUGCCUGCUGUGCGUCGCCAUGAACGACAAGUCCUACGAAGGGCGCGUUCGGCGUUCACCUGAGGACCGCAGCACGGAUCGCAAGAUUCAGGCUAGCCGCGACGAGUGCCGCGGGCGGGCUCCAGCCUUCGCUAGGGCCUUUCCCGUUGUGUCCAAUGACGAUCCCAACUGA